AUGGACGUGGACGUGGACGUGGACGUGGACGUGGACGUGGACGUGGACGUGGACGUGGACAUGGACGUGGACGUGGACGUGGACGUGGACGUGGGACAGGACGUGGACGUGGACGUGGACGUGGACGUGGACGUGGACGUGGACGUGGACGUGGACUGGACGUGGACGUGGACGUGGACGUGGACGUGGACGUGGACGUGGACGUGGACGUGGACGUGGACGUGGACGUGGACGUGGACGUGGACGUGGACGUGGACGUGGACGUGGACGUGGACGUGGACGUGGACGUGGACGUGGACGUGGACAGGGACGUGGACAGGACGUGGACGACGUGGACGUGGACGUGGGACGUGGACGUGGACGGGGGACGUGGACGUGGACGUGGACAUGGACGUGGACGUGGACGUGGACGUGGACGUGGACAUGGACGUGGACGUGGACGUGGACGUGGACGUGGACGUGGACGUGGACGUGGACAUGGACGUGGACGUGGACGUGGACGUGGACGUGGACGUGGACGUGGACGUGGACGUGGACGUGGACGUGGAGUGGACGUGGACGUGGACGGGACGUGGACGUGGACGUGGACGGGACGUGGACGUGGACGUGGACGUGGACGUGGGGGACGGAACGUGGACGUGGACGUGGACGUGGACGUGGACGUGGACAUGGACGUGGACGUGGACGUGGACGUGGACGUGGACGUGGACGUGGACGUGGACGUGGACGUGGACAGGACGUGGACGUGGACGUGGACAGGACGUGGACGUGGACGUGGACGUGGACAUGGACGUGGACGUGGACGUGGAAUGGACGUGGACGUGGACGUGGACGUGGACGUGGAUGGACGUGGACGUGGACGUGGACGUGGACGUGGACGUGGACGUGGACGUGGACGUGGACGUGGACGUGGACGUGGACGUGGACGUGGACGUGGACGUGGACGUGGACGUGGACGUGGACGUGGACAUGGACGUGGACGUGGACGUGGACGUGGACGUGGACGUGGACGUGGACGUGGACGUGGACGUGGACGUGGACGUGGACGUGGACGUGGACGUGGACGUGGACGUGGACGUGGACGUGGACGUGGACGUGGACGUGGACGUGGACGUGGACGUGGACGUGGAUGGGACGUGGACGUGGACAGGACGUGGACGUGGACGUGGACAUGGACGUGGACGUGGACGUGGACGGGACGUGGACGUGGACAUGGACGUGGACGUGGACGACGUGGACGUGGACGUGGACGUGGACGUGGACGUGGACGUGGACGUGGACGUGGACGUGGACGUGGACGUGGACGUGGACGUGGACGUGGACGUGGACGUGGACGUGGACGUGGACGUGGACGUGGACGUGGACGUGGACGUGGACGUGGACGUGGACGUGGACGUGGACGUGGACGUGGACGUGGACGUGGACGUGGACGUGGACGUGGACAUGGACGUGGACGUGGACGUGGACGUGGACGUGGACGUGGACGUGGACAUGGACGUGGACGUGGACGUGGACGACGUGGACGUGGACGUGGACAUGGACGUGGACGUGGACGUGGACGUGGACAUGGACGUGGACGUGGACGUGGACGGGACGUGGACAUGGACGUGGACGUGGACGUGGACGUGGACGUGA